AUGGGUUCUGGUGAAAAGGAUUCCACUAGCAGAGCCGAUGUGCAGAACAAUAAGGAGGAAGAAAAGAACGAACUGUUCGGCCAGAUUCAAGUUUCUCCCGAACAAGUGGUGAUCAAAGAACAGGAGUGCCAUGACGGUUGUGCUACCCCGCUCUACGGACGUACGGUAACAAUUACUUUGCUCGAUUAUGAGCGUCUGCAGCUGCGUCUGUCUCGCUCCUAUGCCAUGGCUCCGCAGUCAGAUGAUCGGGCUGAGCUCAAAUGCGAAUCUUUUGACUUCCAUCGAGAAUGUUCUGCCCAUCAAUGGCAUCGUCUGAACAGCCUCUUCGAACAAUUAGAGCCUGAGCUUGUCGCUAUGCGGUAA